AUGGCUGGGAGGAGUCACACCGUAGCGACAGAGUUCUUCCUUACUGUGUUCGCUGAACAUCCCGAGGGGGAGGGGUCUCCUCUCUUUCUGGUCUUUUUGGGUUUCUAUAUACUCACUCUGCUGGGGAACUGGGGAAUGAUCUUCCUGACCCGCAAAGAUCGCCGGCUCCACACCCCCAUGUACUUCUUCCUCAGCCGCCUUUCCUUCGGGGACGUCUGCUAGACCUCCGCCAUCGUCCCCCAGAUUCUGGCAGCGCUGCUGGAACACGGCAGAGGCAUCUCCAAAGCGCGCUGUGCCGCCCACUUCUUCCUCUUCACCUUCUUUGCUCCCAUCGACUGCUGCCUCUUGGCGAUCAUGGCCUAUGACCGCUACGUGGCCGUGUGCCGACCGCUGCUUUAUGUCACCAUCAUGACCGAGAAGGCCCGCUUGGGUUUGGUAGCUGGGGCUUAUGUUGCUGGUUUUUCCAGCGCCUUUAUUCGAACGGUCACCGCCUUCACGCUCUUCUUUUGUGGAAACAAUGAGAUCAACUUUAUUUUCUGUGACCUACCCCUUCUGUUAAAACUCGCUGGUGGGGAAAGCUACACCGAGGAGGUGGUGAUUAUUGUGUUCGCCGUUUUUGUCAUGCCUGCUUGUAUAUCGCUCAUCUUGGUUUCCUACCUGUUCGUCAUCGUGGCCAUCAUGCAGGUCUGCUCUGCCUGGGGCCAGGCCAAGACCUUCUCUACCUGCGCCUCCCACCUCACUGCUGUUACUCUCUUCUUUGGGACCCUCAUCUUUAUGUACCUGCGAGAUAAUUCGGGCCAGUCCUCGGAGGCAGACCAAGUGGUGUCCGUGCUCUACACAGUGGCGACCCCAAUGUUGAACGCCCUCAUCUACAGCCUGAGGAAUAAGGAGGUCAAGGAGUCUGUUGUGAAAUCCCUGAGCCGAUCAAAGGCUUCUGGAAGGCCCUAG